AAAUGAAAGCAGCAGUUUGUCUUUCCCAAAAAUCUUCUAGAUGAAAUAGCUCCCAUUUAUUUCGAGAAGAUCCACACAGGACUCAUGCCGUCUGUUUCAAUUACUCUCUCACACACACACGCACAGAAAUCCUUAUCGACAAUGAACCUUCUUCUGUAAUAUCCGCACCUCAUUUUUCCUCAACUCAAACCACAUUUUUCUCUAUCCAUUUAAUUUUGUGUUUGUAUAUAUAUAUAAGUGUGUGUGUGUGUGAUACUUCUUAUACAAGUGAAGUAUACAUACAGAUUGCAAUUCUGUAUGUGCCUGAAAACCUGCGGAAAUGGACAAAGCACCUUUGUAUUUGUGUGUGAUGAUGAUAGCUUUUGCAGUAAGCAACGUGUGUGAAGCUGCUCCUGAAAUUGGCGUAUUUGAACUGCGGAAAGGUGAUUUCUCCGUCAACAUCACCAACUAUGGCGCCACCGUUAUCUCCGUCCUAGUCCCCGAUCGGAAUGGCAAGUUGGAUGACAUAGUUCUCGGUUUUGGAUCCGUAGAAGGUUACAAGAAUGAUACAACCUACUUUGGUGCCCUAGUCGGGCGCGUUGCAAAUAGGAUCUCAGGCGCUCAAUUCACUCUAAACGGCGUAGUCUACAAACUGCCUGAUAACAACAAUGGAAACACUCUCCAUGGUGGGAAGAUCGGAUUCAGUGAUGUGGUGUGGACAGUCCAAGAACACGUAAAGAACAGCCACAUAACCCUCACUUACAACAGCCACGACGGUGAACAAGGAUUUCCCGGUGCAGUAUUUGUCAUGGUGACUUACCUCUUCAUAGGAUCAAACAAAUUCGCGAUAAAAAUGGAAGCCAAGCCACUCAACAAGCCAACUCCUAUCAAUCUAGCCUCCCACACAUACUGGAAUCUCGGUGGCCAUGCAAAUGGCAACAUCCUGUCUCACAAGAUCCAGCUCCUCGCUUCCAAGAUCACACCCGUGGAUGACAGACUCAUCCCAACAGGCGCAAUCUCCUCUGUCAAGGGGACACCCUACGAUUUCCUUCGGCCUCGGGCAAUUGGGAGCAGGUUGAAUGAGGUGGCCGGUGGAUACGACAUCAACUAUGUCUUGGACAGGGCGGGGGCCGGGGGGCAUCUGAUGAAGGCAGCUGUCGUGCUCGAUGAGGGGUCGGGGAGGAAGAUGGAGUUGUGGACUAAUCAGAUUGGGGUGCAGUUUUAUACUAGCAAUAUGCUGGGUGAUACUGUGGGUAAGAAUGGGGUUGUCUAUAGAAGGUAUGGUGGAUUGUGCUUGGAAACUCAAGGAUUUCCUGAUUCUGUAAAUCGGCCUAAUUUUCCUUCACAGGUUGUGAAUGUGGGAGAGAGUUAUUUGCAUGUUAUGGUUUAUAGGUUUACAGCUAGUUAGAUUAGUACUAUGUUGUCAUGUUGCAGAUUUGCAGAUAAUUAUCAAGAAUGUUUCUGGUUUCUCA